CGCAGAUGAUCUCAAAUCGGUAAGUCGCGUGGUAAACAUGGCUCAUCAAACUGGCAUUCAACCGUCUGAUGAUCUGAAAAUCGCAUUUGGUGGGGCGUCGGGAGGCGCCAAACGCUUGCUGAAGAUUGGAAUAAGAGAUGAGGCGAUGGUGUUGGUUAAGUCUGAUGACCCGUCGGGUAGUUGGGAAGAAGAUUUUGAUGCCAAAGUUCAGCCAUGUCUGGAUGAUGCCAAGCCUUGCUACAUUCUGUAUCGUCUAGACUCAGUGCAUGGAGAAAGUUAUGAGUGGCUUCUCUUUGCUUACACUCCAGAACAGAGCACAGUGAAGGACAGGAUGUUGUACGCUGCCACACGCUCGACACUAAAAAUGGAGUUUGGUGGUGGCAAAGUGAAGGAAGAACUCUUCGGCACAGCAAAAUCUGAAUUCACUCUAGAGGCUUACAAGGCACACUUACUAGCUGCGGAGGGCCCUGCACCACUUACAUUACAAGAACAAGAAUUACGCUCUCUAGCUGAGGCAGAUAUACAAGCCAAGACAGAGAUAGGGACUCAGACGCGACAUUCACAUCUUCACGGUGUGAGCUUCCCGAUAGAGGAGAAGGCGUUAACGUAUCUGACAAAGCUGAAAGAGAAGAAGAUUGUGUAUGUUCAACUGUCAAUUGACAUCAGUGAUGAAAAGAUUUGUUUGGCAACACACAAGGAGGAAUUAACUGUCGGCGAUCUUCCUUCUAUUGUACCAAACGAUCAUCCGAGAUAUCAUUUAUUUCUGUUCAAGCACACAUAUGAAGGAGACUACCUGGAACAAAUAGUGUUUAUCUAUUCAUGCCCCGGGUACAAGAGUAGUGUGAAAGAGAGGAUGUUGUACUCAUCUUGUAAAGCCGCUGCCAUAGAAAUUGCCGAAACUAACUUGCAGAUGGAGAUUGUCAAAAAGAUUGAGAUUGAUGAUGGUUCAGAUCUGACAGCAGACUUUUUGCUGGACGAGGUGCAUCCAAAAUCAAUUAUUUACAAGCAACAGUUUAUGCGUCCACCACCACCUCGUGGUCGCCGGCGAUCAAAGUCACCAAAGCCUACUACUGAGAACAAUGACGGGCAAUCGAAGUCACCAAACCCUGUUAGGGAGACUAACAGUCGAGAAGGUUCUAGUGAACCAAAUUAGUCUCAAACAGGCCACUUAGUGACUUGACCAUUUGCAUCAACCUUGAUUGUCUAGCUAACUUAUUGCUAGGACAUGUUUUGAUUUUGUCAUGUCUUUCUGUAUGGGCUGGGCUUUACUGACUUUGUCUUGAAUGGAUUGUUAUGUAUUGAACCAACAUUAGUUUACAUAUAGAUGUAGAUGGUUAUAGAUAAUAUAUGUCAUCAGUACAAUGGGUGUAUGAAUGAACUGCAGAGAAGUGAAUAGCGUGGGUGGUAUCAAAUAUGAUGUGUUGAAAAGAAUUUAUUUGUGCAAAGAAAAAAUUU